AUGAACUCCCAUGACCAGGUUCCCCUAAUCGAUGAGGAAAAUCCUUUUUACUGCCCGAGCUUCCCAGCUGCAACAUAUUUGGCUGCCCUUCGGCAAGCUCAUCAAUCGAAUCCUUUUCUUUUUCAAGACAUGUCCCUGCGCUCUUUUUUCUGGAAAAUCGGUCUCUGCUUCACAAAAACGGACCAAAAUUAUACCAGCAAUGCCAUCGCUCAUAACACCCCGAAUGCACGUUCAUGGCCCAGCAGCCCAGACAUCCAGUCGCCCAUCAUUCUUGCGCGAAAUCAGGUUUCAGAUGACUUACCAGUAUUGCGACGUGGGUCAGCCGGAUUAGCGUGGAGGAGAGCUUCUGCACGCGUUCCGAAGCGUCCUCGAGAUUCUCCUGAGCCUGAGGACCCCAUUUUUCUUGGAGGACCGUCGAAACGAGGUCGUUCUUCACAAUCCGUUCAUACGAGCCCUAUCGACACUAAUGGAAUCGAACCGCUGUCUUAUACUUUGCAUCAUCACGAUUAUGAUCCACUCGCGGUGUCAUAUCAAGACGUUUCAAGGACUCUCCCAGCGUGGGUCUACGAAUCUGAAACAGGAGAUGAAACACCAGUAGACCUUUCUUAUCUCGUGAAUCGCCUUGAAAUGGUCGUCCCGGGCACGGGUGUUCACCAGAUGUUCCUAGAAGACCCUCUGGCUGUUCUGCACCUCACUCAUCAAAAAAUUACGAACGUCCUGGCAGACAGGGGACUCCUUACCGAAAUCGUAUUGACACUCCUGCGAGGUGGCAAUAUCAAUAGAUUGGAGUUAGGCCCUACGAUGUGCGAGCAAGAUGGGCUAAAUCUGCAUUCAGGAAAUCUUUUGCGCGUAUUCAGCAGACUUGGUUACUACUCGACACUCAAGGAGCUGGUCCUCGAUGGCGCCCACUUAGAACGCGACUUUGACCUCGUUCACAUCCAACAACUUCCUAAUUUAGAACGACUCCAUCUCGAGGGAACUGAUAUCGGAAACGAAGCAGUAUUCUUGCUGGUGACUCUCAAAGAGAAGUUAAAUUAUCUGAACCUUGCACACAAUCCGAAGAUUGAAGACGACGCAAUACCUGCUAUAUUACUGCUCACCAAUCUUGUAUAUCUUUCGAUUCAGGCAACUGGAAUCGAUAUGCCUGGUUUUCGUCGGCUCGCAGCGGUAAUCCACGCCGAGGAUCGCGUCAUCGACAUUGAAAUUCGAUUCAGAUGCGAGAAAUACAUCGAUAACUUAGACAAGCAGUACCUGGUCGAUCCUGCAUUGCCUCUCAUCACUGAUCCCUCUGCAUGUCUAUUGUUAUCAAAUGUCGCGCUCAUUCGCAACCUUCAAGCUCACGCCGACAUAAACCCCUCUAUCGUACCGACAGGAACGCGUUUGGAGAUGACCGAGAGAUUGAAGAAGCUCUUGGAACGAAGGCAGAUGGACCUUAUUGUGCGUAACAUGAUGUACGGGGAACCUGGGGACGCCUGAGACUGUCAUGUGAAAGUUAUAAUAAAAUUAGAGUGACAUGAGGAUAGCGCGGUGUUGCUCCAAUGCAAUCGAAAUUAUGGAAAACAG